AUGCCAGCCUACCAUUCUACGUUCGCUGCAGACUCCCAAAAUGAUCGCAUGGUGGGAAACGUGGUGUUGCUGCCCCUAAAGACGAAUUUUCGGGGACCCGCAUACCAGGCCAACUCUGAUUAUGAUAUCAUUGAUGAAUGCCUGGAUCUGUUCAGAGCUAACUCGUUUUUCAAAAACUUCGAAAUUAGGUCACCGGCGGAUCGGAUUUUGAUUUACGGAAUUCUGUUCGUCAACGAGUGUCUGUCACAACUCAAACCUACCACAUCCUACAAUGAAGCCUUAAAGUUGCUCACAAAUGUGGCGCUCGACGACUUCGCAGUACCAGGAACGCCAGGUUUCCCAAUGAAUAACGUGUACUCGGUACCGGUGCAAAGCCAUGCUGAUAUGGAUCUGCUCAAAUCUUAUAUUCAACAGUUCCGCCAGGAGCUUGCAACGCGUUUGCUAGAAAGACUUUAUGUGGACUCCAAGGAGAAGCCCUCGAAGUUUUGGCUUGCUUUCACUAGAAGACGUUUCAUGAACAAGUCCUUGUGA